GCGGCGGGACCUACUUUCCUCUGGAAAUGGCCGCGCCGGGGAGCACCGAACGCCCCGCGCCCCGAGGCCCGUCGGCGUAGGGCGGCCGCGGGGCUGUGGCCCCCCAGGAACGCCGGAGGCAGGAUGGAUGAACAGAAGGUGCCCAGCGAGGAGAAGGACGCAGCCGCGCCAGCCGAUGGGGUCAUGGCCUCGGAGGAGAUGGGCAGCGCCGAGGGGGACCCCCUGAAACCCCCUGAAGGAGCCUCUGCGGGGCCAGAGCUGGAGAGCGUGGGCAUGGAGGAACCUCCCGAGGCUGGCAGCCCGCUGGGCCGCCGCUGUGCCCUCUGCAACUGUGGGGACUGGAGCCUACACGGGCAGCGGGAGCUGCAGCGCUUUGAGCCGGUGCCCGACUGGCCCGAGCGGCUGGUGGGCCACGAGCCCCCUGAUGGGCCCAGCCAGCCUCCCCCAGGGCCCAACCAGCUCCCCCCAGAGCCACAGCUGGCGGGUGAUGGCCUGGCACAGAUCGGCUUCUCCGAGGGGGUGACCCCAGCGCAGCUCUUCGAGCCGACAGGGCACUGCUGGGUGCACCACUGGUGUGCGGCCUGGGCGACUGGUGCAGGGCCCGAGGUGGCCGGUGUGGCCAGAGCUGUUUUCUCAGGGAUCUCACAGAAAUGUGAACGCUGCGGGCGGGCGGGGGCCACCAUCCCGUGCCGGGCGGCCACCGGCUGCUCCCGCCUCUACCACUUCCCCUGCGCCGCCGCCAGCGGCUGCUUCCAGUCCAUGAAGACCCUGCGGCUGCUCUGCCCCGAGCACGUGGCUGAGGCCGUGGACAUGGAGGACGCGCGGUGCUCGGUGUGCGAUGGGCCAGGCGACCUGCGGGACUUGGUGUUCUGCACCAGCUGCGGGCAGCACUUCCACGGGGCCUGCCUGGACAUCUCCUUGACGCCUCGCAAGCGCUCGGGCUGGCAGUGCCCUGAGUGCAAAGUGUGCCAAACCUGCAGGCAGCCUGGCCAGGACUCUGCCCUGCUGGUGUGCGAGGCGUGUGACAAGGGCUACCACCCCUCCUGCGUGGAGCCAGCCACCCAGGGCCCCCCCACCGGCUCCUGGAAGUGCAAGAACUGCUGGGUCUGCUCAGACUGCGGCCGGCACCCCGCCGGGCUCGACUCCACACCGGGGUCCGCGGUGUGCGGGGACUGCCAGCGAGGCCGUGCCAUGGCCGAUGUCCCCACGGCGCCAGAACACUCACCACAGCCUGACCCGCCCGCCCAGAUGUCAGAGUCCCCCGUCCCCAGUGAGCCGACGGAUGCGCCCGUGCCCCCGCCUGAGCUGGAGCCUGUGGGGGGUGAUGAGGAGACGCAGCCCCUCGUGGACCCCAAAGAGGCACCCCCAGACCCCAGAGAGGCACCCCCAGACCCCAAGGAGGCUCCCCCAGGCGAUGCUGAGUCUCCUCCUGUCGAGCUGGCCUCUGUGGAGGUGCCCCCCAUUGAGGAACCCCCUGAAGAACUGCCCUCUGAUGAACUUCCCCUGGAUCAGCCACCCCCCGACACGCAGCCCUCUGACAUUCAGCCUCCUGAUGUGCAGCCCCCUGAGGAGCCCCCUCCUCUCAUGCUGCCCCCCGAGGAACCUCCCUCUGAGGAGCUGCCCCUCGAGACACCAUCCCUUGCUGAGCUGCCCCCUGACAGACCCUCCCCUGAGGAGUUGCCCCCCAGUGAACCACCCCACAACGAGCUGCCCCUUGACGUCCCUCCCCUUGCUGAGCUGCCCCCCGAGAAACCAGUGUUUGAAAAGUCACCCCCCCAUGAGCUGGCCCCCGAAGUAGUGCCCAUUGACAAAUCACCCCCUGAUGAGCUGCCCCCCAAUGGGUCGCCCCCCAAACCUCCCCUCGACGAGCUGCCCCUUGAUGAACCACCCCCCGAUGAACCACCCCCCGAUGAACCACCCCCCGAUGAACCACCCCCCGAGGAGCUGCCCCUUGAGGAGCUACCCCCCGAGGAGCUGCCCCUUGAGGAGCUGCCCCCUGAGGAGCUGCCCCCUGAGGAGCUGCCCCUCGAGGAGCUGCCCCCUGAGGAGCUGCCCCUCGAGGAGCUGCCCCCCGAUGAGCCACCCCCCGACGAGCUGCUCCCCAAGGAGCCUCCUCCUCCUGAAGUUCUGCUCCCUGACAAGCUGAGCCCUGAAGAGCCCCCCCUUGUUGAGUUGCCCCCUGAAGAGCCGGUCCUCAGUGAGCUGCCCCCCGAGGAGGACCUGAAACCACCAGGUCUCCUCCCCGAGGUGACAGUGGCAGAGGAAGCGCCAGCCCUGGCUCCAGAGGUGCUCCCCGAGGAGGAGAUGGAACUGGAGCCAGAGCCCUCGCUGCCCCCUGAGAUGACACCCCCACCCUCAGCUCCCCCAGCUCUCCGUGCCAUCUCACCUGCACGGACCCCAGCACCCUCCCCUGAUGCCAAGGAGGACGAGGUGCUCGAGCCCCCCACCCCAGCCUUGCCUGAGCCCCCCGGCAGCCCUGGCACCGCCAUGGACACCGACCCCCCUGGCUCCCCACCGCCACCCCUGGGCUCCCCUGCUGUCACCCUGGCCCCCGCCAAGCCACCCGAGGAUGAGGAGAUGGAGAUGGCUGGUGGCGAGGGGGAGUCCCCAGCCAGCCCCCCUGGAGAUGCCCCCCACGGCAGCCCAGCCCCUGAGCUGGGGCCCUUCCCAGGCCUGCCUGAGGAGGAGGAAGAGGAGGAAGAAGAGGCACCGAGGCUGGAGAGGGAGGGUACCAGUGGAAGCUCCCCGCCACUCAGCGAGGAGGAUGCGCUGGAAGAAGGCCAAGCUGGGGGGGACCCUGAAGUCAAGGGGUCUCCUUCGGGGUCCCCCCUGCUCCUGGAACAGGAGGAGCUGGGCCCUGAGACCCCCAUGGAGGUGUGCACUACCGGCGAGAAGCUGCUGGGGCACGGGGACGAGGGGUGCCCCGAGCCCCCCGCGCUGCGCCCACGGCCCGACAUCCUCAACGAGAUCUCCAACCUGAGCCAGGGGGACACGAGCAGCAGCUUCCCCGGCUCGGAGCCGCUGCUGGGGUCCCCAGACCCUGAGGGUGGGGGGUCGCUGUCCCCUGAGCUGGGCCCGGCCUCGGCUGACGCCAGCCUGCAGAAGGAGGACACCGGCUCGCUGCCGCUGGGUGCUGAGACUGAUGACUCGCUGCUCUUCGAGCCAGCAGCCAAGGGUGACGGGGACAAGAGCCGGCGCCGCAGCUCCCCGGGGCGCUCCCGUGUCAAGCAGGGUCGCAGCAGCAGCUUCCCUGGGCGGAGGCGCCCCCGAGGUGGGUCCCACGGGGGCCGAGGCCGGGGCCGUGCACGCCUGAAGUCGACCACCUCAUCUGUUGACACCUUAGCACUCGCUGACGUGGAGAGCUCGCCCAGCAAGGAGGAGGACGAGGACGAUGAUGACACAAUGCAGAACACGGUUGUCCUCUUCUCCAACACUGACAAGUUUGUGCUCAUGCAGGACAUGUGCGUGGUGUGCGGCAGCUUCGGGCGUGGGGCCGAGGGGCACCUCCUCGCCUGCUCCCAGUGCUCCCAGUGCUACCACCCCUACUGUGUCAACAGCAAGAUCACCAAGGUGAUGCUGCUGAAGGGCUGGCGCUGCGUGGAGUGCAUCGUGUGCGAGGUGUGCGGCAAAGCCUCCGACCCCUCGCGCCUGCUGCUCUGCGACGACUGUGACAUCAGCUACCACACCUACUGCCUGGACCCACCGCUGCAGACCGUGCCCAAGGGCGGCUGGAAGUGCAAGUGGUGCGUGUGCUGUGUGCAGUGCGGGGCUGCAUCCCCUGGCUUCCACUGCGAGUGGCAGAACAACUACACCCACUGCGCGCCCUGCGCCAGCCUCGUCGUCUGCCCCUUCUGCCGCGAGAAGUACGUGGAGGACGACCUGCUCAUCCAGUGCCGGCACUGCGAUCGGUGGUUGCACGCCGCGUGCGACAGCCUCUUCACUGAGGAGGAGGUGGAGCAGGCUGCGGAUGAAGGCUUUGACUGCAGCGCCUGCCAGCCCUAUGUGGUCAAACCUGUGCCCGCGCCAUCCGCAGAGAUGAUCAAAGCCAAGGAUCCAGAGCCCCAGUAUUUCCGCUUCGAGGGCGUGUGGCUGACGGAGACGGGGAUGGCCGUGCUGCGCAACCUGACCCUGUCACCCCUGCACAAGCGGCGGCAGCGCAAGGGCCGCCCGGGCACCCUCAACGGGGAUGGGGGGCUGGAGGGGGGUGACCCCCUGGGCCCUGAGGACAAGAAGGACGGUGACCUGGACACCGAAGAGCUGCUCAAAGCCGAGGUGGGUGUGGAGCACAUGGAGUGUGAGAUCAAGCUCGAGGCUCCGGCCAGCCCUGACCGUGAUGUUGGAGCUGAUGGGGACUCAGGGAAGGGGCUGGAGGACCCUGAAGAGUGCAAGAAGAGGAAGCGCAAACCAUACCGGCCUGGCAUCGGCGGGUUCAUGGUGCGGCAGCGCAAGUCCCACACGCGGCUCAAGAAGGUCUCAGCAGUGCUGCCGGACGUGGGGCGCGAGGGGCUGAGCACUGAGGGACACCCUGAGGAUGGGGCUCCAGCUGAUGUCCCAGCCGAGGCUGGCCUGGAUCCAGGCUCAGGAGAGGGGGAUGAGAAGAAAAAGCGCCGGGGACGGAAGAAGAGCAAGUUGGAGGACAUGUUCCCCCCGUACCUGCAGGUGGGAUGGAUGGGGAGGGAUGGAGGAGGGGAUGGUACCCCAGACAGGAGGGAGACCCCCACCCAUCCCCGAGGGGAUGACAGCACUGACGGCAGCGCCGCCGCUCCCGAUGACGAUGGCAAGGACGACGCGAAGGGCGAGGACCUGGGGGCUGACGAGCCGAAGGAUUCCCCAGACCGCGGGGACACUGAGAAACCAGCCACCCCGGGCGAGGGAGCGCUAAGCUCCGACCUCGACAAGAUCCCACGGAAGCUGCCCAAGAUGGAGAGCAAAGAUGUGCAGCAGCUUUUCAAGGAUGUGCUGGGUUCAGCGGAGCGUGGGGAGCAGCCCCUCAACUGCGUGGCCGCGGGGAUGGAGGCCGGGCAGGACCCCAGCCGAGCACAGCGGCCGUUCCUGCAAGGAGACCUCCAGCUCUCGGGGCAGGGGAGCGUUUCCCUGGGCUCACUCUCCGGAUCCGUCCUGGACUCGUACUCGGGGGUCUGCCAGUCGCCAUUCCUUGAUAACAGGGAGCGGAGUGGCUUCUUCAGCCCAGACCACUGCGAGCCCGAGAGCCCCUGGGCCAGCAGCUCAGCCGCCACCACCCCCUCAACCCCCACAACACCCACAACAGAGGGCGAGGGUGAUGGGCUGUCCUACAACCAGCGCAGUUUGCAGCGCUGGGAGGAUGAGGAGCUGGGUGAGCUCUCCACCAUCUCCCCUGUCCUCUACGCCAACAUGAUUCCCAACCUCAAGCAGGAUUAUCCAGACUGGUCGAGCCGCUGCAAACAGAUCAUGAAGCUCUGGAGGAAAGUCCCUGCCACGGACAAAGCCCCAUAUUUGCAAAAGGCCAAAGAUAACCGGGCGGCUCAUCGCAUCAACAAGGUGCAGAAGGUACCCGAGAGCCAGAUCAACAAGCAGACCAAAGGGGAGGGACUGCGCAAGCCUGAGAGGCCCUCGCUGCACCUGCUCCCGGUGCCUCCAGGGGCACAGCCCGUCUACAUCAGCAGCCCCCCCGCCACCGGCGAGGGCUUCCUGAAGCCCCCAGCGGGUGCCGGAGGGGGACCGGAGUCUCCCAGCGAGCUCUUCCUCAAGCUCCCGCCCCAGUCCCCUGCCCAAGUGCCUUCGCACGAUCCCUACGGCGCGGCCCCCGCCUACGCGCUGGAGCCCCGCUCCUCGCCCCUGGGCCAGAGCCCCACGUCGGGUGCUGCCUUCCAGCCCUUCCCUGGCCAGCCCCAGCCCCUCACAGCCCCCCGUGCACCCCCUGACUUCCACCCCACCCCACCUGGCACCCCCCGGCACCAGCCUGGCACCCCUGACCCCUUCCUGAAGCGGUGCCCUUCCUUGGACAACCUCUCGGUGCCAGGGAGCCCUGGGGCGCGGCCCCCUGAGGCCCUGCUCUCUCCCCUGCCUUUUGGGAGCAGAAGAGGGUCUGAGGUGAAGAAGGAGGAUGGGGGAAGCCUGGGGGUCUGCUCACCCGGCUACGCUUCUGCCAUGGGCUACGGGGACUCCCCAGGUGCCCCGCACCUCUCGGCUGCGGAGCUGAAGGCGGCUGACGUCUUCAAAGCCCCCAUGACCCCACGGGUCUCUCAGGUAGAGCCGCAGCCGGGGCUGGGGCACCGGCCCCCCGACCCCCAUCCCCUGGCCCCCUCGCCCCCUGGCCACCCUGAUCUCUACCGUCAGUCACUACCUGGACCCUACUCACAGCCCCCGCUGACACCCCGGCUGCAGCCCUCCGAGGCCUGCUGCGCCCUCCCGCCCCGCUCCCUGCCCUCCGAACCCUUCUCCCGCAUUCCCGCCAGCCCCCAGUCCCAAUCCAGCUCCCAGUCCCCUCUGACCCCCCGCCCUCUUUCCAACGAAGCCUUCUGCCUCCCCGUCACCCCUCGCUUCCAAUCCCCGGAUCCCUACUCCCAGCCGCCCUCCCGGCCGCAGUCCCGGGACCCCUUCACCCCCCUGCACAAGCCCCCCCGUCCACAGAUGCCGGAGCCGGUCAAGUCAGUGGGGGCGGCCGGUGGAGGAUUCGGGGGCGCCCCGGCAGGUGACCCCCAUGCCAAGGCACCGGCUGGGCCACAGCCGCCCUUCGCCCGCUCGCCUGGUGCCAGCGUGUUCCCGGGGAGCCAGCCCCCCAUGCGCUUCACCUUCCCCCCGGCCGUCUCGGAGCCGCUCAAGGGCUCCCCAUCCCACCAGCCCCAUGGGAUCAACAGCCAUUAUGGCUCUGGGAAGCCCCAGAGCUCGGCCUACGCCUCGUCCCCCAGCUUCCACCAGGCCAGCAGCCCGCUGGGCCCUGGCACUGCGCCCCCGACUCGUUACAGCCUCUCGCCCCUGCGGCCCCCAUCGGUGCUGCCGCCGCAGCUCGGCCCCCCGCAGCAGCAGGACCCUUCUGGAACCUUCCUGCCCCGCACUGCGCUGGGACUGACGGCCGACAAGAGGGAGGAGGUGGCUGCGGGGCUCUCAGCACCCCCAAACCGGGCUGCAGAGCUGCCUGGUGGCCAGGACGGGGCUCUCGGCACCAUGAGCCAGUCGGAGCUGGAGAAGCAGCGGCAGCGCCAGCGGCUCCGGGAGCUGCUUAUCCGCCAGCAGAUCCAGCGGAACAGCCUUCGGCAGGAAAAGGAGAGCGCGGCUGCCGCCGCCUCCUCCUCGCCAGCCGGCUGGGCCCCAGAGGCCGGCGGGCAGAGCUUCGAGCUGAGCCGGGGCAUGGCCCCGUACCAGCCAGCACAGGACAAGGCUCUUCUCGGGACUCUGGCCACGGCAGCCGGCGCUGGGAAGCUGCCGGGCUCCGUCAUGGUGCAGGCAGCAUUUGCGCAGGACGAGCGGCUCUCCCGGCCCCCGCCGGCGGCCACUCCAGCCAUGCUGGACAUCAGCGGGCGGGCGGCAGUGGGGCCCCCCCAGGCCUUCUACCCCCGUGGGGUCUUUCCAUCGCCAUCCCCGCAGCAGCAGCAGCACCUCUGGCAGCAGCAGCAGCAACAAGCGGCCGUGGCAGCCCUGCGGCUCCCUGUCACCUCCCGCUUCGCCCCCCCGGCCGCUGGGACCCCCAUGGGCAGCCUGGGCACCCGCCUGCCCACCCCUGCCGAGGCCGUGCCCCCCUCAGCAGCUGCCCUGGGCGCUCCCUUCAUCGAGCUGCGACACAAUGUGCAGAAGGGACCUGGGGGGGUCGUGGGGUCUCCCUUUGUCCCCCAGGCACCCCGGCCUCGCUUCUUCCUUCCUGGGGAGGAGGGCACCCCCCAGGCCCUGUGCACUCCCGUCAUGCCCAUGCAGGCGCUGCCAUCCCAGAAGGUUCCGGCACCGCUGCCGCCCGCGUCCCCGCAGGGAGCCGAGAUGGGCAACAGCCACCAGCAGCCCCACGCCAAGGCAGCACCGCCGCUGCCGGCCCCCAGCCUGGAGCUGCAGCAGCACAUCCCCCCGCGCCCGCUGUCCUCCGGUGCCACCCUCCGCCCCGAGGCUCCCAAGGAUGGCCCCGCUCCAGACCCUGCGCCGGCCCCAGGGAAGAGCCACCUGGGCCUGGAGGGAGGACGGCUGCCCUGCGAGGUGCCCGUGGAGCCUGACUUGGAUGACGACUUCGGCUCCCACAAGGACUUGGAAGAUGACGAUGAUUUGGCCAACCUUAGCCUGGAUCCAGAUGUGGCCAAAGGGGACGAUGACUUGGACAACUUGGACAGUUUGGAGACAGCAGACCCCCACCUUGAUGACCUGCUGAAUGGCGACGAGUUCGACCUGCUGGCUUACACUGAUCCCGAGCUGGACACGGGUGACAAGAAGGACAUCUUCAACGAGCACCUGCGCCUGGUCGAGUCAGCCAACGAGAAGGCUGAACGUGAGGCCCAGCUCAAGACAGAACCACCGGCGCCCACCUUGAAGCUCUCUGACCCUGGGGACAGCAAAGAUGUGACCCCAUCUGCGGAGGAUCAGGAGGUGCCCAAGGAAGGGCUGGUGUCUGGGAUGGGUUUGGGACUCUCUGCCUGCCCCACGGGCACUGUGCUGGCCCCCGACCCGACUUUCAAGGCACAGGGUGUGGAGGCGAAGGCCGGCUCGCUGCCCACUGAUGUCAAGCCCAAGCUGGAGGACGGCUGCCUGAAGACCUCACCCUGCCAGUUCACCACCGCUGGUCCCGAGCGCCUCCCGGUGCCGGUCAAGUCAGAAGCACUGCAGGGCACAGAUAAAAUCUCUGCCUCCCUGGGGCUGAGCGUCAAACCUGGCCAGACCCUCCUGAGCUCCAGCACCGGCCCCACUCGCCUCAGCCUGACUCAGUUCUCCAACAGUGGCCACACUGGUGUUCCCGUGCUGGAGAAGGACCCCUACACUGGCCCUGGUCGUGGGCUGUCAACUGCCCAGCUGGGUGGCCAGAGCAACCCUUUGCUGGAGAAGUUUGAGCUGGACAGCGGAGCCUUGGGGCUGGGCAGUGCCCGGCACUCGCCGGCGGAUGACUUGGACAAGAUGGAGAGCUCGUUGGUGGCCAGCGAGCUGCCGCUGCUCAUCGAGGACCUCCUGGAGCAUGAAAAGAAGGAGCUGCAGAAGAAGCAACAGAUGUCGGCCCACCUGCCCCGUGGCACCCCCCACCUCCCAGCCCCAGGGCACCCCAUGCUGCACACAGGGGCAUCUGGGCAGCCUCCCGAGGGGCAGCCACCCCGUCUGGGCACCCCACAGACUCCCCUCCAGCUGGGGCUGGUGGCCCGGCCACCGCUGCUGCCACCGCAGCCCCCCCGGCUCAAUGCACCCCAGCAGGGCCCGGCUCUGGCCUCCCACAUGGGCAUGGGCUCUGGGCAGCCCCAUGUGCUGUCAUCCCCCCACGGGGUGCAGGUGGCCCUGGGGCAGCCACAGCAGACCCAGCAGCAGGUGCUGGUGCAGAAGCCGAUGGCCGGGGUGCAGCCCCCCUCCCUGGGCCUGAAGCCCCCCCAGCUCGUCAUGCAACAGCAGUUGGCCAACAGCUUCUUCCCGGACACAGACCUGGACAAGUUUGCGGCCGAGGACAUCAUGGACCCCAUUGCCAAGGCCAAGAUGGUGGCGCUGAAGGGCAUCAAGAAGGUGAUGGCUCAGGGCAGCAUCGGGGUGGCCCCAGGCAUGAACAGGCAACAGGUUUCCCUGCUGGCCCAGCGGCUCUCGGGGGGCCCGGCUGUCUCGGAGAUGCAGAACCACUUACUUGCAGGGAGCGGGCAGGAGCGGAGCACAGACCCGACCCAGGCUCGCCCCAACCCACCCACCUUUGCACAGGGCGUCAUCAACGAGGCCGACCAGCGGCAGUACGAGGAGUGGCUGUUCCACACGCAGCAGCUGCUGCAGAUGCAGCUGAAGGUGCUGGAGGAGCAGAUCGGGGCGCACCGCAAGUCCCGCAAGGCGCUGUGUGCCAAGCAGCGCACGGCCAAGAAAGCCGGGCGGGAGUUCCCCGAGGCUGAUGCCGAGAAGCUGAAGCUGGUGACGGAGCAGCAGAGCAAGAUCCAGAAGCAGCUGGACCAGGUGCGGAAGCAGCAGAAGGAACACACCAACCUCAUGGCUGAGUAUCGCAACAAGCAGCAGCAGCACCAGCACCAGGCCUCGGCCGUGAUGGCCCUGAGCCCCUCGCAGAGCCCCCGCCUCAUGUCCAAGCUCCCGGGGCAGCUCCUCUCGGCACACGGUGUGCAGCAGCCCGGGGGAGCCCUGGUGGGAGCGCAGGGCCUCGGGCAGCAGCCGGGGCAGCCUGGGGGGCUGCGCCUGCCCCAGAGCGGUGUGUCCAUGGCUGUGCAGCAGGGCCUGUCCUUCAUGGGGCAGCAGCCCGUGGGGAACGCCCCAGGACCUGGCUCCUCCGGCACCUUCUUCAGCGGGAACCCUGCUCUGCGUGGGCUGGCCGCCGACAGCCGCCUGAUGCAGGAGCGGCAGCUCCAGAGGAUGCAGCUGGCACAGAAACUGCAGCAGCAGAACAUGCUGGGACAGGUGUCACUGCAGCAGCAGCCAGGUGUGAUGGGACAGGCGGCAAUGCAACAGCCAGGUGUGAUGGGACAGGUGUCGCUGCAGCAGCCAGGUGUGAUGGGACAAGCCACCAUGCAGCAACAGGGCGUGAUGGGACAAACAUCAAUGCAGCAGCCGGGUGUGAUGGGACAGGCAGCCAUGCAGCAAUCAGGUGUGAUGGGACAGGCAUCCAUGCAGCAAUCAGGUGUAAUGGGACAGACGUCACUGCAGCAAUCAGGUGUCAUGGCACAAGCAUCAAUGCAGCAGCAGGGCGUGAUGGGUCAAACCUCCAUGCAGCAGCCAGGUGUGAUGGCACAGGCAUCGCUGCAGCAGCCAGGUGUGAUGGCACAGGCAUCCAUGCAGCAGCCAGGCGUGAUGGGACAGACGCCGAUGCAGCAGCAGGGUGUGAUGGGUCAGGCGUCCAUGCAGCAGCCGGGUGUGAUGGGACAGAGCUCGAUGCAGCCACAGAGCAUCAUGGCCCAGACGUCCAUGCAGCAGCCAGGUGUGAUGGGACAAGCUUCAAUGCAACAGGCAGGUGUGCUGGCCCAGACAUCACUGCAGCAGCCAGGCAUGAUGGGCCAGGCAUCCAUGCAGCAGCCAGGUGUGCUGGGCCAGGCCCCAGUGCAGCCAACAGCUGUGCCAGGGCAGCCUGGCUUGCUGGGGCAGCAGCAGCAGCAGCAGCCCACAGCCCCACAGCCCGGCACAGGGGCUCAGCCCAUGGUGCCGAAGCAGCCGGGGCUGCUGGGCAGCCAGCAGAGCCUCCUAGUGCAGCAGCUCUCGCCCCAGCAGCAGCCAGGUGUGCUGGGCCAUGCACCGGGGCUGCAGCACCAGCCUGUGCUGGGCCACCCCCCACCCCAGCGCCAGGUCGUCCUGGCCCCCCACCAGCAGCGGGUGCUGGGCUCGCCCCAGCUGACACCGCAGACUCCGGGGAUGCUGAGCCACCGGCUCGUGCUCUCCCAGCAGCUGGGGCAGUCUCGGGCGCUGUUGGCCCCGCAGCAGCAGCAGCAGCAGCAGCAGAACUCAGCGGCUGCCCAGCCAGGUCUCCUGGGGCUGGGCCAGGGACAGCCCUCGAUCCAGCACUUUCCGCAGCACGGGGCGGGGGGCCAGGCCCCCUCUGUGCUGCACCUGAGUCAGGGAAUGCAGCCGGCCCCGGCGGUCCUGGCUGCCAAGGACCAGCCCACAGGGAUGGACGGCAGCGCCCUGCACGCUGAGGGCAGCGAGAGCGGGGGGCAGCUGCACGGGGAGCAGCAGGGAGCCCUCAACCCCCCGGGGCUGGGGGGCCCGGAGACCCCGGCCUCCAAGCACCAGGCUGAGCUGGGGCAGGGCCAGCAGCUCCUCUUAACCUCCCCACAGCCAGGUGUCCUGCGGGCAGCCCCCGGGCAGCCGGGUGCCCUGCUCGCCCCGCCGCUGCAGAGCCCUGGGGCUGUUCACCCGGAGCUGUCCCAGCAGCACGGGGAAACGGCCGGGGUGGCGGAGCAACCGCUGGGCUGUGGGACAGGCCCAGCUCAGGCCAUGGUGCCGGCACCGCGGCCCCCAGAGCAGCCAGGCAAGGGGGUGGCAGGGGCCCUGCCAGGGCAGCCACAGCCCCCGCGGCUCCAGAGCCCCGUUCAGCACAAGGUAGGGCCGGCACCGGGCACGGCCGCUCUCCCCCCGGCUCUCCUGGGGCAGGUGCCGGGGCCGGUGAUGGGCCAGAUCCGGGCGCAGCUCCAGGGUGUCCUGGCCAAGAACCCGCAGCUGCGGCAUCUGACGCCGCAGCAGCAGCAGCAGCUCCAGGCCCUCCUGGUGCAGCGGCACCAGCAGAGCCUGCUGCAGCAGAACCAGGCGCUACGGACCCCGAGCCCAUUCCCCGGGCAGGCCCCGGACUACAGCUUGCCUGCUGCCCGCCAGCCCCCUCGUCCCAUGGGGUCUCUUUUCCAGCCCCGGCCCGGUGCCCCAGCAGAGGCGCAGAGCAGCUCUGCCACCGAGCUGGGGCGGGCACUGCCAGGGCAGCCCCCCCAGCAGCCCCUGGCUGAGCUGGUUCAGGCAGCUCUGGCUGCCCGUGGCCCCCAGCCCGGACUCAUUCGCCUCCCCACGCCACCAGCCCCCUCGCCCCUGGGCUGUGCCCCCCAGCACCUGGCCAGCCCUGAGCAGAACCCCCAAGAGCCAAAGAAGACGUCACCGGGAAUCCCGGCCUUGGCCCCCAGCCCGGCGGCACCCACGGAGCCAGGGCUGACUCCUACGCCGAGCGGUGCCCUCCCUGACCCAGCACAUGGCCCCUGGGACCCUGAGGCGCCCGGGGUGGACCCAGCUGACCCUGGUGAGACCCACAUCAACGGGGCUGCGCCAGAGGGGGCCCCUGCGGCAGGCGAAGCUCCCCAGGUUUUGGUGAAGCAGGAGCCGAAGGAAGAGGCAGCGGCAGCGGCACAGUGUGAGGUGGAUGGAGAUGAGACAGCAAAACUGGACGCCAAUGGGGACCCUGGGGACAGCCAGGCCAACAGCCUGCUGGCCCCAGGUGGGCGCUCCGAGGCUGGGCACCUGCUGCUGCAGAAGCUACUGCGGGCCAAGAACGUGCAGCUGUCAGCGCAGAGCCCAGGCGAGCUCAACGGGCACUUGGAGAACCGGAGCACUGGGACAGAGCCACGGCCGCAGUCACUGCUGCUGGGCCGGGAGGACCCCUCCAUUGCCAGGAAGCCGGCACCCACCAAGCCUAAGCGGGUGCAGAAAGGCAACGAGCGCAUCCCAGCGUCCCGCAAGAAGCUGCGGAAGGACGAGGGGCUGCGUCCUGGUGAGGCCCUCAUGAAGCAGCUGAAGCAGGAGCUGUCGCUGCUGCCGCUGACGGAGCCGACCAUCAUGGCCAACUUCAGCCUGUUCGCGCCCUUCGGCAGCAGCCCUAUCAACGGGAAGAGCCAGCUGCGGGGCGCCUUCGGCAGUGCUGUGCUCGACAGCGUCCCUGACUACUACUCCCAGCUGCUCACCAAGAACAACCUCAGCAACCCACCCACGCCACCCUCCUCGCUGCCCCCCACACCCCCUCCCUCCGUGCAGCAGAAGAUGGUGAACGGUGUCACGGCCCCCGAGGAGCUGGGGGAGCAGCCCAAGGACGCCGACCCAGCCCGUGAGCCCCACGGCCAGAAAGAUGCACCAGCUGUGGAGGUGAAGAGCCUGGACCUGCUGGCAGCACUGCCCACCCCUCCUCACAACCAGACCGAGGAUGUGAGGAUGGAGAGUGACGAUGAGAGCGACUCCCCCGACAGCAUCGUCCCUGCUUCAUCCCCCGAGAGCGUCCUGGGCGAGGAGCUGCUCCGCUUCCCACUUCUCAGCGAGGCCAAGCCAGAGCUGGAGGAGCGUGUGCUGUCCCCCAUCAUCCCCAUCAUCCCCCGGGCCAGUAUCCCAGUGUUCCCCGACACAAAACCCUAUGAGGUCGCAGAGCCCUUUGGGGCCCCACAUGGGAAGGUGGGGUCAGCAGGCCCUGGAGCCCCAUGGGAGAAGGGCAAGAGCAGCGAGGUCUCCGUCAUGCUGACGGUGUCUGCAGCAGCUGCCAAGAACCUCAACGGGGUGAUGGUGGCCAUGGCUGAGCUGCUGAGCAUGAAGAUCCCCAGCUCCUACGAGGUGCUGUUCCCCGACGGCCCUGUGCGAGCAGCUGUGGUCGAGGCCAAGAAAGUGGAGAAUGAUAUGGCUGGAAUGCUCGGAGGGAAGGAGAAGGCGCUGGCUGGGAAGGUGCCAGACAGCAGCUCUGAGUGGCUGAAGCAGUUCGAUGCGGUGCUGCCAGGGUACAGCCUCAAGGGCGAGCUGGACCUCCUGACGCUGCUCAGACAGGAGAGCCCUGCUCCUGAGAAGACCCUUCACCACUGCUACGUCAACAACGUCUCCAACCUGGACGUGCGGCAGCUCUCUGUCCUGCCCCAGGAGCCCUCGCCCCCGCUGUCCCCCUCCGUCCCCUCCCCAUCCAGCCCCGCUGAGCCCACCAGGGUCCCCGACCCCGAGGCGUCCCACGAGGCAGCCCCAGCCCCAAUGUCACCGCUGCCGCCAGCCCCCUCGCCAGCCCCCCAGGAGGAAGGGGCCACAGCCGCCCACUCCCCGCCCCGUUUCAAGCCGCGCUCGCGGCCUCCGGAGGACGGGGACGAGGCCAGGCCGCGGCUGAAGAAGUGGAAGGGGGUGCGCUGGAAACGGCUGCGCUUCCUCGUCACCAUCCAGAAAGGGGGGGCCAAGCGUGACGGCGACAAGGAGAUCGCAGAGUUCAUCGACAAGCUGGGCACCACGCUGCGCCCCGAGAAGGUGCCGCAGGACCUGCGCAAGUGCUGCUUCUGUCACGAGGAGGGCGACGGGGCCACGGACGGGCCAGCCCGCCUGCUCAACCUUGACCUCGACCUCUGGGUCCACCUGAACUGCGCCCUGUGGUCCACGGAGGUGUAUGAGACUCAGGGAGGGGCCCUGAUCAACGUGGAGGUGGCCCUGCACCGCGGGCUCCUCACCAAGUGCUCCCUGUGCCAGAAAACCGGUGCCACCAACAGCUGCAACCGCAUCCGCUGCCCCAGCGUGUACCACUUCGCCUGCGCCAUCCGCGCCAAGUGCAUGUUCUUCAAGGACAAAACCAUGCUGUGUCCCCUGCACAAGCUGAAGGGGCCCUGCGAGCAGGAGCUCAGCAGCUUCACCGUGUUCCGCCGCGUCUACAUCGAGCGGGACGAGGUGAAGCAGAUCGCCAGCAUCAUCCAGCGCGGGGAGCGGCUCCACAUGUUCCGCGUGGGCGGCUUGGUCUUCCACGCCAUCGGGCAGCUGCUGCCACACCAGAUGGCCGAUUUCCACAGCGUCACGGCCCUCUACCCCGUGGGCUACGAGGCCACGCGCAUCUACUGGAGUCUGCGGACCAACAACCGCCGCUGCUGCUACCGCUGCACCAUCUGCGAGAACAACGGGCGCCCGGAGUUCGUCGUGCAGGUCAUCGAGCAGGGCCUGGAGGAUCUUGUCUUCUCCGACUCCUCGCCACAAGCUGUCUGGAACCGGAUCAUCGAGCCAGUGGCGAUGAUGAGGAAGGAGGCCGACAUGCUGCGACUCUUCCCUGAGUACCUGAAGGGCGAGGAGCUCUUUGGGCUCACGGUGCACGCGGUGCUGCGCAUCGCGGAGUCGCUGCCGGGCGUCGAGAGCUGCCAGAACUACCUGUUCCGCUACGGGCGCCAUCCUCUGAUGGAGCUGCCGUUGAUGAUCAAUCCCACCGGCUGCGCCCGCUCCGAGCCCAAGAUCCUCACCCACUACAAGCGGCCGCACACCCUGAACAGCACAAGCAUGUCCAAGGCCUACCAGAGCACAUUCACGGGCGAGACCAACACGCCCUACAGCAAGCAGUUUGUGCACUCCAAGUCCUCCCAGUACCGGCGCCUGAAGACGGAGUGGAAGAACAACGUGUACCUGGCGCGGUCCCGCAUCCAGGGGCUGGGGCUCUACGCGGCCAAGGACAUCGAGAAGCACACGAUGGUCAUCGAGUACAUCGGCACCAUCAUCCGUAACGAGGUGGCCAACCGGCGGGAGAAGAUCUAUGAGGAGCAGAACCGCGGCAUUUACAUGUUCCGCAUCAACAACGAGCACGUCAUUGACGCUACGCUGACGGGGGGCCCGGCCAGGUACAUCAACCACUCAUGUGCCCCGAACUGUGUGGCCGAAGUCGUGACCUUCGACAAGGAGGACAAGAUCAUCAUCAUCUCCAGCCGGCGCAUCCCCAAGGGGGAGGAGCUCACCUACGACUACCAGUUCGACUUUGAGGACGAUCAGCACAAGAUCCCCUGCCACUGUGGAGCUUGGAAUUGCAGGAAGUGGAUGAACUAAGUGGGAAACAGGAGCUGGGGGCUGCCACCCCCGCCUCAGAGACCUCGCCGAGCCCCCCAGGGCUGCAGGAGGUGCCAGGGGCGGCCGGGCACUGAGGGAGAGCAGCGGCUGCAGCGCUGCCGGCCCUGCCCGAGCGGGACGGACGGACAGAUGAACUGGCAACUCAGGGUUUUCUUUGCUUCGUCCUGCGAGGAAAAAAAAACAAAACAAAACAGAAAGGAGUGGGGGGGCUCAGAAAUGCCCCCUUCACCACCCCCUGUCUGCAUCCCUUGUGGGGGAGCCACGGGGGAGCAGCGCCAGGCCCGACGUGGCCGGAGCGAUUGUGCGGAGCCGGUCUGGAUAUAACGAUUAUUUUAUUUUAUUUUUUGUUUCUUUUUUUUUUUGUUUUGUUUCUUUUUUUUUCUUUUUUCUUUUUUUUUUUUUUUUUUUUAGAAACUAAUAAUAUUUGCUCGCUAAUUACCAAGGUAACACAGACUCCUUGAGCUCGACAAUCCGGGCUCUGCCCCGCCGGCGUGGCGGCCAGAGCUCGCUCGGUUCCUUUGAUCUCUUUUUGUUUGUGCGUGUGGACGAGACCCCGGAGCGGCGGCGGGAUGCAGCCAAGACCCCGACAGACACAAGGAGCUUCUGCACCCAAACCUACCUCAUUUUAAGUGUUAGAUUUGUUUCUUUUUAUUUGUUGUUGUUUUUAAAUGUGAGCCCCCCUCCAUCCCAACCUGCCCCCCACCCCCCCAAGGCGGGGGGAUCUUUCCCUCUCCCUUGGGCUCCAGAGGUUGUGGCUUCCCCGUGUCCCCCUCCUCAGGUGUGGCCCUUCAUCAGGACCCCCUUGAAGGGGGGACACGGGGACGCCCCCUCCUCGUCCCCCCCCUCAGGAGGUCCCAGCCGUGUGCCGUGCCAAGGUGUGAGGUGGGGAUGGGGAGGGGAGGGGGGGUCAGACCCGCUCCCCGAGCUCUGGUGGGGGGCUGGAGGGGCUGGGUGGGGACCCCUCCUCCUCACACGUGGCCCCCACGGCUGGAGGGGCCGGGUGGAGCCCCCCCCCCCGCUCGCCCUUGGCCCUCCCAGCUGGGGCUGCACUGGAGGGGGAAGGUUAUUUAUCUAUUUAUACCUUAUAUUGUAUAUACUAGACGGGGCUGGGGGGGGGGCUCUUUGUGCUCUGCUGGGCUGAGAUUUGGGGUGCAGGGGCAAAAAAAAAAAAAAAAAAAAGGGGAGGGGGUGGUUUUAAAAAAAAACCCAAUCUCCGAGGUGGGCGUGGGGAGGAGGGGGUCUCUCUCUGGAACCUCCUGCCAGGCAGGGGCGGCCUCGGAGAGCGAAGCAGCGAGUGGGCAUUAACACCCCCGGACCCCCCCCCCGGGGUCCCCGCCCGCCCCCUCCCCGCUCCGGAGGAGGAACCCGGGGGGCACCGGGAUCUCUAAACGCACAAACACGGCACCGGGGAGGGAGGGAGAGAGGGAGAGAGGGAGAGACCCUCCUGCUCCUGGAGAAAAAGAGGGGGGGUCUGCCGGGGGGUGCUGCCCCCUCCCCGCCCCCGUGCAGUGGGGGGCCGGGGCCGAUCUUGAAAAAGCUGCUUCCGCAAACUCGUCAAAGCUGCAAAAAAAAAAAUAAAAAAAAAUCAAACAAACAAACAAACAAAAAAAAAAAAAUCAAAAAGAAAAAAAAAAAAAGGUUUAAGGUAAAAAAUGUUUAAAAAAAAUAAAAUUUAAAAAAAAAAAAAAAUCCAGAGGAAAAGCGCGAGUGGGGGGGGAUGAGAAAGUUUUAACAGAAAAUAUACGAGAAAUUUAACUUUCAGAGCUGUACAUAGGCCGGGGCGUGUAGAAAUCCCGUUUUUACCAAUACCGGAACCACUGGAUGUUAUUUUAAAUAAAGCGCGUGAGAAGCC